AUGAGUGUUCGUGGCCUGACUAAGAAGGAACUGGAGGAGUUAAGAAAAAAGGAAGAAGAGGAAGCGGCAGCUCAUGUAUUUAAGGAGUUUGUUGAAACAUUCCAAGAAGUACCAAGCAGUACAUCAAAGGUUUGGGUAAAGGCAGGGACCUAUGAUGCUGGUGCUAGAAAGGAAGACACAUCAGAGAGAGGCAAACUCUACAAGCCCACAUCUCGUUUGGAUGAGAAAAGGGGUAUUACUGAAGCAGAGGUUGUAAGAAAUCUAGCACUUCGCCCUGAGCCACCUGGUAGGCCUCGAAAUAAGAAAGGAAAUGAUAAAAAGAAAAGUAACCUGGAGUUAUUUAAAGAAGAGCUCCGACAAAUACAAGAGGAAAGAUCAGAGCGUCACAAAUACAAAAAUGUCCUCCGAGAUAAGGGUAUUGUUGUACCGGAACCUCCUGUUGAUACUAUUCCUGAUGUGGGCUCUUAUGAUACAGGCGACCCUAACACAACCAACCUGUACCUUGGCAACCUGAAUCCAAAGAUAACAGAACAGCAAUUGAUGGAGAUAUUCGGUCGUUAUGGUCCACUAGCCAGCAUAAAGAUAAUGUGGCCUCGCUCUGAUGAAGAGAAAGCCCGAGGCAGAAACUGUGGCUUUGUAGCCUUCAUGUCUAGGAAAGAUGGAGAACGGGCACUUAAGAAUAUAAAUGGUAAAGAAAUAAUGAACUAUGAAAUGAAACUGGGUUGGGGCAAAGCUGUCCUAAUUCCUCCUGUACCCAUCUACAUUCCACCAUCUUUGCAUCACCCGUCGAAGCCACCUCCACCUUCUGGGUUACCAUUUAACGCGCAACCACCAAAACAUUUGAUUGAAAAGAUUCCACGCAUUCGACCUGGUGAAUAUUAUCCCAGUGAUCCCGAAGACAAAAACAUGUAUGAACAGAUACUGUCACAGUCCAUCGUAAGAGUCGUUAUACCAACAGAGAGGAAUAUUCUGAUGCUUAUCCAUCGAAUGGUUGAAUUCGUGAUCCGCGAAGGUCCGAUGUUCGAAGCCAUUAUCAUGAACAAGGAGAUGAACAACCCGUUCUUUGCGUUCCUCUUCGAAAACCAGUCGCCUGCGCACGUCUACUAUCGCUGGAAAUUGUUCUCCAUGUUGCAGGGGGAUUCACCAAAACAAUGGUCUCCAGAUGACUUUAGAAUGUUCAAAGAUGGAUCCGUAUGGCGACCACCGGUGAUGAACCUGUAUACAGCUGGGAUGCCUGAUGAGCUCGUGGAGGAAGAAGAUGCCAAAGAUAAUUUACGAGGGACACUCUCAAAUAACCAGCGGGACCGUCUUGAAGAUAUAAUCCGGCAUUUGACUCCGAGCCGUACAAGCGUCGGUGAAGCGAUGGCCUGGUGCUUAGAACACGCUGAGGCGGCUGGCGAAGUGGCUCAGUGUCUCACUGAAUCCCUAUCUGGGGAAUCGACGGCCCCCCACAAACGCAUAGCCCGGCUCUAUUUGCUGUCCGAUAUACUGCAUAAUGCUGGUGCUAAGUUGACUCAUGCCAGCGCUUUUAGAAACGCCUUCCAGCAACGUCUUCCUGAAAUAAUGAAGCAAUGCCACAUAGCGUGGAGUAACAUGACGUCACGAAUCCAGCAGGAAGGAUUUCGCGCGAGGGUCACUCGUAUAAUGCAGGCCUGGGCUGAUUGGGCGGUCUACCCCACGGAUCUGCUCAUACACAUAAAUAAUGUAUUCCUAGGACACGAUAAGGGUGAUAGAGAUAGAGCAGCUGCUGAGGACAAGGACGGAGAUGGAUCUGAUGAGGGAGAAGGAGAUGGUUCACCCCGAUCUUCAGGUUCAGAGGGCUCAUGGAGUGAAAGCGGUGCGGGUCCGCUAGAUGGCGCUGCGCUAAGACGAAUGGCAUCGCAACGAUUGCCCGCUGCUGCCACAACUAAAAUCGACGAUAUCGAUGGUGUACCAGUUGAUGAAGAUAUUGAUGGUGUUCCACUGGAGGCGGAAGCAGAUGCCGAUACAGAAGGUACAGAACGGGUGGCGGCGGGAUUCAUCCCCUCGAAGUGGGAGAGCGUAGACCCUACCCCAACUCAAGUGGAGGAGGACGAUGACAGAACCCCCACCACACCGAUCAACGCACAGAACGACGGGGCGGAGUCACCUCAAGCUCGCAACGAGGAACGUUCUCUGAAGAGAGAAACGCUACGUGAGAUUGAAGUUCGCGUACUUAAGUACGCGGACGAACUCGAAAGCGGCGCACGCGCACGUCGAUCCGCCCUCACGCCUCACCAACAAAUACAACACUAUCGCAGAAAAUUAAUAAAGAAAGCAAUAAAAGAAGCAAAGGAGUCCUCACCGGGCGCAGCUUCCCCCGUACCGGCGAGGGAAGAAGACGCUCACUCGAGUUGCUCCAGAAAAUCGAAGAAGUCACGUGACCCCUCGCUAUCGCCGCCCUCUUCACACAAACGUUCUAGAUACUCAGAUCGCAAGUCACGAUCAAGAUCACGCUCGCGAGAACGAGACAGAGAUUUGGACAGAUCUCGUGACAAGGAGCGCGAAAGAGAACGUGACAGAGAUCGCGAGCGGGAAAGAGACAGGGAGAGGGACCGCGAGCGAGACAGACGGCGGCGAUCGCCGACCACGCCCCCGCACCAUCGGAAGCACUCGAAACACGCUAAAUACAAAUACUAA